AUGAAUGAUAGUGAUGUUUCAUCUCUUAAACAAAGAUAAGAAAGAAUGAGAUCUGCUUUAAGAUAAUAAUAAAAUUAGAGUAUAACUUAAUAGCAUUAAAUUUAUAAUCUUGACGAUGAAAAUCUCUUUAUGAGUUUUGUUGAAAUAGCAAAUACAAAUAAUUCAAAGUAGAUAUUUGAUAAGAGCUCAUAAUAUGUAAAUAAUUAGUAAAUAGAAAGUAUUCCAAUGAAUAACAGGCAUGAGGAGAUAGAUUUUAACUUGAAAUUCGAUUUAAUAAGUCCUAAUAAUAAAGCAAAUUUUAUUUUCAGUGAUGUUAAGUUAGAAGUGAUUAAUGAUGCACAGUCUAAUCAAACAUUAGAUAAUUAUUGUUAAAACAAAAUAAGUAAGCAGAGAGAAAGAAACUCUGUUUUGAGUAAUAUUUAAGAGAUUAAUCACCAUUCAAUUAGUGAAGAAUCACAUUAGGGAUAGUAAAAUGGUUAAAAAAAUGGAAUGAAAUCUAUAAAUUUUAAUUCUUAGAAAGAAAAGCAUAACGAUUAAGAGCUUUUAAAGACUUAAUCGAAUGGCUAAUAAAAUGAUUAAGAGAUUUAAAACUAUCUAAAAAUAUCUUUCAAUAAACUUUCAUUUAUGGCGAGAUUUAAAGUGUUAAAAAAAUUCAUAACUAAAAUGAAAAUGAACGUUAGAAAUAUAUUAUCUAAGGAUUUAUCUGAAAGCCAGCAUGACAUAAUAGAUGACAAGUCAUCCAACUAUGAUGUUUUCAUAUUUUAGGAAUAGAUUACACAUAAUUAAAUUAGUAAAUUCUUCUAAAAAAUAAUACAUGCUGUAUCAAGCUUUUUUAAAACUGAAAAAUUUACAAAUUUCAUAUCAGGAAGGUUUCUUUUCUCACAGGGAUCAAUUAUAAGACUCGUUUGGGAUAUACUUUUAAUCUUAUUGACGUUCUACUUGAUAGUUUUUAUUCCUUUUGAUCACGUUUAUGAUUUUGAGUCAAAUUAAUUCUUUACUAUAUUUCACGAUGAUAUUGUUUAAAUAAUUCUUACAGUUGAGAUAUUUGUCAAUCUUAAUUCAGAAAUUUACUCAAAUGGAUUUGCAAUUUAAGAUAGAAAAAUUAUUUUUUAGAAAACGUUGAUGAAGAAUUUGAGAGAUCUUACUGUAUUGAUUCUUUAUCGAAUAUCUAGAAGUCAACAAAAUUAAGAUAAUGCAUUAAAAUAUUUUGAUUAUAUUGUUUUUUUUAAAUAUCUUGACAUACCCAAAAAGUUAAAUGAAUUAGAGACUAAAUUACAUAUUAGCGAAUCAGCUUAAAAUUGGCUAAAACUAUUAAAGCUUGAAAUAAUUGUUAUUGUACUAGCUCAUGUUGCGGGAUGUAUAUAUUUAAGGAUAGGUCUUUCAGAGUUAGGUUCCGGAAACAAUUGUUGGAUUAGCUAAUUCAAACUCAAUCCUCAAUAAACUUUAGAAUUGUACUUGGUCUCUUUAUAUUAUAUGAUCAUAUCUAUGGUGACAAUUGGUUACGGUGAUUUUUUUCCUACUACCAUGUAUGAAAGAGGAUAUAUAAUUAUAGUAGCUUUGAUAGCCACCAAUGUUUGCGCUUAUUCCUUCUCGCAAAUUAGCGAAAUAGUUAAGUUUGAACAAGCAAAAAAAGAAAACUUCAAUUAGAUGAUGAGAAAUAUAAAUCAACAAAUGAAAUAAAAUAGGAUCAGUAUGAUUUUAUAAUAAAAAGUGAGAAAAUUUCAUGAGUAUUAUUAUUACUCUUCGACCUAAAAGAAAGACCUAACUGAAAAAAUAGUAGAAUAUCUACCCACCUAGAUGAAGAUAGAAUAUUAUCUAGAAAAAAAUUAACAGCUAAUUAACCAAGUCCAAAUGUUUAAAAUUCUAUCGCAUAAAUGUGUUGAGUAAAUUUGUUGCAAGAUAAAACAAAAAAUUCUUACUUCAGAUGAAAUUUUGCUUGAAUAAAACAUAUAAAAUGAGUGUCUCUACUUUAUUAACAAGGGCUCAUUAGAUGUUUAUAUUACAGCCAACGUCAAAAAAGAGCAAUAUUAACUUAAGAAAGUACUAACUUUAAAUAGUUCAGAAGUUAUAGGCUACGAGGGCUUUUUGUUAGGUUAGUAGAAUAUUUUUUUAGUCAAAUCUUAGGCUGACACCAUAGUGUCAUACAUUGAAUGGCCCUAGUUUUUAGAUAUUCUUAAGCAAUUUCCUGAUGAUUAAGAAAAAAUACUUCAUUUAAGAGAUAAAACUUUGUAUGGAUACCCAGGAAUUUCCAAGUUAAAAUUAAAGUGUGUUUCUUGCAGUUCCUAUGAUCACUAGUAUAAUGAAUGUCCUUAUAUAAAUUAUAGAAUGAGGUAUAAGGAAAAUAAGGAUAUUAAUAAAAGAUAAAAAUAAGUUAGAAAAAAGAAACUAAAGUCUUCUACAUUUUAAAACUUAAAUUAUACUUAAAGACAAGCUAUGCUUGCAUAAAUAAAUAAUGGAGGUUCAAUACUAAGUGACGCAAUUUCAUGCUUAAAUAGUGAUUAUGAAGAGGGCCCAGAAAAUAUUUAAUUGAGAUCUAAAUCUUGCUCAACAUAAUCAAAUUAAUCAGAAAAAGAAGAAAUCUCAAAGUCAUAAGCAUAAUAACUUUUGCCUGAUUUAAAAAGAAAUUAAAGCUAAACUUAGAAAUUGAUUGAGAGCAGUGAUUAGUUUUUGCAUUCUUAGUAAAAUAUUGCAGAUAUUCAAGAUUUUAAGAAUUUAUAAACAAAAAUGAGUUUAUAGUAGCAGUAAUAAAAUGAAUCACCUCCUCCUUAAAAAAAUUCAGGAAGAAUUUUGAGUGAAAUAAACUACAUGCAAGGGAGGAACGAAGUGUAAAUACUUAGCAGGAAAUAAAAGGCAUCGACUUAUAAUUAAAUAAGCCACAACAGAAACGUUGAGUUUGAGGAUUAAAAUAAGCUCAGUUCAAAUUACAAUAAGAGAAAUUCUAAAAAAAUAUACGAUGCAUCACCGCUGAGUAAGAGAUAUUCAAAAACAGCUGAAACUAUAAUCUAAUAAAUGUGGCAAUAAACUCUGAUUUCGCCUUAAUUCAAAAAGAAAAAAGAAAAAGAAGACAACUAAAACGAAAACGCUUAGAAAAAAACUCCAAACGAGUUAUUACUUGAACAGGUUUUCAAAAAGAGAAAAAGAAAAGCUAGUAAAUUGUAUCAGCUAAAAUAUCAGCAAGUAGCUGAGAGGCUUGCUUAGAAGAAAUAAACUUUUUUCAGUCCAUUAGAUGAAAAUAUUUAAAAGAAUAUCAAUGAUUUAUUUUAGAAAAACGUGAACUCAUAAGGUUAAGAUUAAAACAUAUAUAAUGCUGUUUAAAUUUUAAGCUAAAUAACUCCUAAGAAAUUGAAGAGUUCUAAGUUGAGUGAAAAAGGUGAUUUCAUUAAAGAAUGCAUUGAAAAAUCAAAAAGAGAAUUCGCAGAUUCUUCUGCCUAAUUUGUAAAAUUAAGUAAUCAAUCUAAUAAUUCAUAAAUUAAUUAAAAUGAUUAAGCUGAUAAUUAAUCCCUCUUGGCUGAUUAGUUGAUUCUACAAAGCUUAGCAGUUGAAGAAGCUAUGAUACGCACAUAGUUAAAUAUUCAAGACAUCGAUCUACUUAGAGUAAGAAAAGUUUACUUACUUCUCUAGCAGUAGAACAAAAACAGUUUAAAUAACUUAAUAGAAGUGCCUGAUAAUGAAAUGGACAUAGAUUAAAUGAAAGAGUACACAUUCUACUAUCCAAAUUAUAACUGCAAUAAAAUAAUCAGAAAAAUUAAAAAUUUAUAAUUAAAAAUUCAAAAGCAAAAAGAUAAAAUAAAUAAUACUACAAAUAGAAAAACUAAAUAUAGUAUUAAAAAAGUUAAUAGAGUAAGUAUACCUUCAACAAAAGCUAGCGAGUAGCUAUUUUCUACUAAACUAAAUACAAAAAAUACAAAUUAACAUAUAAACUGA